AUGAUGUCUUCAGGCCCUCACCCGUCCGCACCUCUUUCCCAAGUUCAGAUAGCCCAGCAACAGCAGGCCCAGGCUCAUGCCAAUGAGAUGGCCAAGCGUCGUAGUCGGAAACCCACUGACAAGAAUAUACCCGAUGGCAUUGAGGACAGCAUCAUCGAUUCUGAGGGAGUUCAGCGAUAUAAUCACUUGAGAGAUCUUGAGCGGCUUCUGGAUGCGACGACCACACGAAAACGUCUUGACGUGACAGAAAAUUUCAAUCGAGGUCCAGCUAAGCUCACCAAGACCUUGAGGAUAUGGAUCAGCAAUACUGCCGAGGAUCAGAUUUGGCAAGGCAACACCCUCAAUGUAGAUGCUUUUGACUUUACUCCUAACAUGGAAGCCUCGUACCGUGUCAACAUCGAAGGGCGCCUCCUGGACGACGACGAGCAGACUGGCUUGGAAGCCAACAACUCCGAAAGAGAUUUCCGUGUGGGUGACUCUCAAAGCGCGGAUAAGAUGGAGCAGGACGAACCAUCCUUAACGAAGAAAUUGUCACCGCAUGCCAAAUCAGCGCAACACCGGCUCUCGUACUUUUUUAAAUGUAUUUCUGUUGAUUUUGACUGCUCAAAGUUCAGGACUUCCUCUGAACUUAACGUGGACUGGAAAAAACCGGAAGCCUCCUCGAAGAACCAACCAACAGAGAGUCAGCCACAAGCAACGGAUUUCGAUGUGUUAACCUUUAAGCGCAAUGGCGACGAAAAUGCAAACAUCAUCGUUAACCUUCAUCGUCACGAGUCACCCGAACGGUAUCAGCUUAGCCCUGAGUUGGCAGAGGUGGUGGAUAUGUCCGAGGCCACUCAACAGGAAGCCACCCUGGCCCUGUGGGAGUACAUCCGGCUCUGGGGCCUACAAGAGGACGAGGAGAAGCGUAACUUCCGCUGUGACGAGCUUUUGAAACAGGUCGUAGGCAGAGAUGUGGGCUACAUACCCCUGCUCAGCGACUAUGUGACGCAACACCUCCGACCGCUGCCGCCCAUUCGCCUAGCUUACACGAUUCGUGUCGACAAUGAAUUUCACAAAGAUCCGCAACCGACCGUAUACGAUGUACAGGUACUAGUUGACGAUCCGCUUCACGUGGAACUGCAGCCACUGAUCAACAAUGCGCGGCACGCAAACGUGCUGAAGGAAGUCAGCGCCCUGGAUGAGCAGUUGGCCAAUCUCGUCCAGGACAUUGCUGGCUCAAAAGCCAAACACUCGUUCUUUACGUCCUUGAGCGAAAACCCAGCUCCAUUCCUCAACAGUUGGCUCAGCUCCCAGAAACGUGAUCUCGAGGUAGUCAUGGGUGAGGCUUCGAGAGAAGAUGGUGAAGGUGCCUACGGUAACGAGUGGCGCAAGGGUGGUGCAGGCGGCGUUUGGGCAACCCAGAACGCGCGCGAAAGCGUAAACGUUCUACUCUCGAGGCAGCGUUAG